CGUCCCGGGGUGAGCGCCUGAGCCGCUCCGGUCCGCGCCAGUGAGUGCUGCUGUUGCCGGCAAGCGAGCUGCGCGGCGGAGGGCAGCGGAGGCCGAGGUAGAGGGCGGCGGCGGCGGCGCCUGUAGCUUACCCAGAAGCUGCAGCGAGGCGACCCGUGGCGGGCACAGGGGGACACCGGCAACGAGCGUUAGGCGGCGGCGGCAGUAGCUCGGUAGCGGCUCAGGCGGCGAGGAUGCUGCCGAGGAGGCUGUGCUUGGUGCCGCUCCUGCUGGCGCUGGGCGUGGGGAGCAGCGGCGGCAGUGGCGACGGCGGGGACAGCCGGCGGCGCCGCCUCCUCGCGGCGAAAGUUAAUAAACACAAGCCAUGGAUUGAGACAUCGUAUCAUGGAGUCAUCACGGAGAACAAUGACACAGUCAUUUUGGAUCCUCCACUGGUAGCCCUGGAUAAAGAUGCCCCAGUGCCUUUUGCAGGGGAAAUCUGUGCAUUCAAGAUCCACGGGCAGGAGCUGCCCUUUGAGGCUGUGGUGCUCAAUAAGACAUCUGGAGAAGGCCGGCUCCGUGCCAAGAGUCCCAUCGACUGUGAGCUACAGAAGGAGUACACGUUCAUCAUCCAGGCCUAUGACUGCGGUGUGGGGCCCCAGGAGGCAGCCUGGAAGAAGUCACACAAGGCUGUGGUCCACAUCCAGGUGAAGGAUGUCAAUGAGUUUGCUCCCACCUUCAAAGAGCCAGCCUACAAGGCCAUCGUCACAGAGGGCAAGAUCUACGACAGCAUCCUGCAGGUGGAAGCCAUCGAUGAGGACUGCUCCCCCCAGUACAGCCAGAUCUGCAACUAUGAAAUUGUCACAACAGAUGUGCCUUUUGCCAUCGACAGAAACGGCAACAUCAGGAACACAGAGAAGCUAAGCUUUGACAAACAACGUCAGUAUGAGAUCCUGGUAACCGCUUAUGACUGUGGACAGAAACCUGCUGCUCAGGACACCCUGGUACAAGUGGACGUGAAGCCAGUGUGUAAGCCUGGCUGGCAAGACUGGACCAAACGGAUUGAGUACCAGCCUGGCUCGGGGAGUGUGCCCUUGUUCCCCAGCAUCCACCUGGAGACGUGCGAUGGCGCCGUGUCUUCUCUCCAGGUCACCGCCCAACUGCAGACUAAUUACAUCGGCAAGGGCUGCGACCGGGAGACCUACUCCGAGAAAUCCCUUCAGAAAUUAUGCGGAGCAUCCUCGGGCAUCAUCGACCUUUUGCCAUCCCCUAGCGCGGCUACCAACUGGACUGCGGGACUGCUGGUGGACAGCAGUGAGAUGAUCUUCAAGUUUGAUGGCAGGCAGGGUGCCAAGAUCCCCGAUGGGAUUGUGCCCAAGAACCUGACAGACCAGUUCACCAUCACUAUGUGGAUGAAACAUGGCCCCAGCCCCGGCGUGAGAGCCGAGAAGGAAACCAUCCUCUGUAACUCGGAUAAAACUGAGAUGAACCGGCAUCACUAUGCCCUGUAUGUGCACAACUGCCGCCUCGUCUUCCUCCUGCGGAAAGACUUCGACCAGGCGGAUACCUUCCGCCCUGCAGAGUUUCACUGGAAGCUGGAACAGAUUUGUGACAAAGAGUGGCAUUACUAUGUCAUCAAUGUGGAGUUUCCUGUGGUCACCCUAUACAUGGAUGGAGCAACAUAUGAACCAUACCUGGUGACCAAUGACUGGCCCAUUCAUCCAUCUCAUAUAGCCAUGCAACUUACUGUCGGCGCCUGUUGGCAAGGAGGCGAAGUGGCCAAACCACGGUUUGCACAGUUUUUCCAUGGCAGCCUUGCCAGCCUCACGAUCCGUCCUGGAAAAAUGGAAAGCCAGAAGGUGAUUUCUUGUCUGCAAGCCUGCAAAGAAGGGCUGGAUAUUAAUUCCUUGGAAAGCCUCGGGCAAGGAAUAAAGUAUCACUUCAACCCUUCACAGUCCGUCCUCGUGAUGGAAGGUGAUGACAUUGGGAACAUCAACCGAGCCCUCCAGAAGGUGUCCUACAUCAACUCCAGGCAGUUCCCAACAGCAGGGGUCCGGCGCCUCAGACUCUCUUCCAAAGUCCAGUGCUUUGGGGAAGAUGUGUGCAUCAGCAUCCCAGAUGUGGAUGCCUACAUCAUGGUCCUGCAGGCCAUCGAGCCCCAGAUUACCCUCCAGGGAACAGAGCGCUUCUGGAGACCAGCUGCCCAGUUUGAAAGUGCCAGAGGAGUGACUCUCUUCCCUGACAUCAAGAUCGUGAGCAGCUUUGCCAAAACGGAAGCCUCCGGGGACACGAGAGCCACAGGCACAGCCCCCAAAUCGUCAGUCUUGGAAGAAAUGCUACACAACUUGGAUUUCUGUGACAUUUUGGUACUUGGAGGGGACCUGGAUCCGAGACAUGAGUGCUUGGAGCUCAACCACAGUGAGCUUCACCAACAACACCUAGAUGCCACUAACUCUACGGCAGGCUACUCCAUCUAUGGUGUAGGGUCCAUGAGCCGCUACGAGCAAGUGCUGCACCAUCUCCAUUACCGCAACUGGCAUCCCACUUCCCUUGAGACCCGGAGGUUCCGGAUCAAGUGUUCAGAACUCAAUGGGCGUUACACUAGCAAUGAGUUCAACCUGGAGGUCAGUGUCCUCCAUGAAGUCAGAGUCUCUGAUAAGGAGCACGUCAACCACCUUGUUGUGCAGCCUCCCUUCCUCCAGUCUGUCCAUCACCCUGAGUCCCGGACUAGUAUCCAACGCAGCUCAGUGGUCCCGAGCAUCGCCACAGUGGUCAUCAUUAUCUCCGUGUGCAUGCUGGUGUUCGUUGUGGCCAUGGGUGUCUACCGAGUUCGAAUUGCCCACCAGCAUUUUCUCCAAGAGACUGAGGCCGCCAAAGAAGCUGAGAUGGAUUGGGAUGACUCGGCCCUGACGAUCACAGUCAAUCCUAUGGAGAAACAUGAAGGACCAGGGCAUGGGGAAGAUGAGACUGAAGGAGAGGAAGAAGAGGAAGCAGAGGAAGGUGUGAGCUCCAGCAGCAGCGGCUCUGACGACAGCGAAGAGGAAGAGGAGGAAGGCACCGGCAGAGGCAGACAUGGGCAGAGUGGCACGAGGCAAGCCCAGCUAGAGUGGGAUGAUUCCACUCUCCCCUACUAGCUCCCACAGCUCUGCUGACCAACCUGUGUGCCCCUUUUGUAAAGCCCAACCCAAUGUAUACCCAAGCCUGUCACACUCGCCUCUGAUUUCUAUGACAGGUCUGGGAAGGACAUCGGCUUCCCGGAAUCUGCCCUCUGUGGUUUGGGUACUGCUGGUGUCCCAGCCGUAGGGCAGUUCCAAGAGCCCAGUGUCACCGUCAGUGAGGACUUCAGGAUGGUUCCAUUGUCCUGUAGCCCUCACUGCCCUGGGAUCACCCAGAAUCCUGUCACUCACCCAGUCUACAGAGUUCUGAACACAUUCUUUUCUGCAGGGGAAAAGUCCACCUUUGUCACUUACCACCCCAAAGUUAGUGUUCUCAGACUCCUUGGGUUGUAACUCACUGUGUAUGUACUUAACUAAACAGCCUUUCUCCACCUACACCAGCAGGUCCUCCCUAGGUUUGGUCUCCAGGUUGCUUUUUACAGGGAGGGCAAUGGAAUCUCAUAAACCUAAGGUCUUAGAGCUGAAGAAUUGAAAAGAAAGCCUUUGUUGAGGCAGAAUUGAGUUUCCAGGGAAGGGUUCAUAGGAUACCUGUACAUGGACAAACACCACACACAAACACACACAUACAUACACACACACACACACAGAGUUCCUAGCUUUGAGAGCCUUUUCUUUUUACUUCUUUCUAAGACUACAUAAACUAGUAUAAAAAAGUUCAAAACCAAAAGUUAGUUGGUCUUUGACCAUAAGUAGCAUGGAUCCUCAUCAAAGGGCUUACUGACCAGCAUUCGGACCUGCCUAGGGAUGCCUGGGUAAGUGGGGUGGCCCUGUCGGGGGCUAUCACCAAACAGAACCUCGGGGCCCAGGAAGCAUGUCACACAGGCACUGCUCGGGUGACAGCUUAAGUUUGGCUAUUGUCAGGAGCCCGAGAAAGGACUAUUGGGGUGACCCAGCAAGGUUCAUAGUGGCUGGAAAUCUGCUUUGACAGUGGGUUGAUAUGGUUGGACUCCCCUAGAUAAGGGCAGCCUGAAGGUUGACAAGGCUGCCACCACCUAGCCUGUGGUCCUUUAUCUCCUAGGUUACUGUUUUCUCUCGAGGAAAUAACAUCAUUUUCAGAUGUAAGUGGAACAAAUAUGGGCUCUCGCAGCCUGCAAUGGAAGUUGGGAAAUUUAACUGCUAGUAAUUCAAAGCGUAUUCGUAAUAAUAGCAGCUGCUUCUUUCUUCUCGUAAAAGGAGGGACGCUUUGAAUAGGGGGCAAAUAUAUCAAAACCCUAAUUUCUUUUUCUUAUUUUAAUAAGGAAGACUUUUCCAUCUCCAUUCUAACAUGGGCACUUCAUGAGGAGAAUUGUUGCUAUAGUAACUGGUAGACAAUCUUUUGCGGCCAAGAGAAUAGCAGGCAAGAAUGAAGGCUGUGGCAAGGGCCCCACAAGGCUUUGAAAACAUGUUUGCUCCAAACACCUUGAGCUCCUCUUGUUCUCAAUCUGUUUAGGCCAUCCUCCUCAUCCCACUCUUCCCCAGGCCCAUCCCAAAGUGGCUCUGUCCCCGUCCACUGUCAGUUUCUCGUCACAUAACUUUGGGGUUGAACUAAAUAUUCCCCCAUGCCAUUCAACAGAACAUUCGGAGAGUGGCUGGGACUGAUGUCGUCCAGUCCUCUGCUCAGCCCUCUGGGCAGUGAGGAUCCAUGCCAGGUCUCUGCCAGCUUCCAGCUGGAGAGAUCUACCGCAUGCUGUAGUUCCGUCUCCUGGAGCGUUUCAUGCACACCUUCUCUUUCUUGAGCCUCCAAGUAACCUUGGGAAAUAUUUGAGAAAUCUGUUAGGGGGUAUGUUUCUGGGCUGAGUAAACUGAGGUUCAGAGUCAGUGUCCUGCUCAGAGUCCGUUCAGAGGUAUAGACUUCCCUUUGCUCCCAGUCGAAUUAACAUACGUUCCUGGGUACCCAGUAUGUGCUAAGCACUCUCCAGUGGGGAGGGCAUGAAGCUGAAGGAGACAGGCCUUUCCCCAUAGAGGACCUGAGAGUUACAGAAGACACACAAACAAGCCUGGGAAUUACACAGGAGAAAGGAGAAGGAAGUGACAGAAAACACAGGGUGAACAGGGACACAUUUACCAACUCAAUCGGUGCCCUAAUUUUUCUUUCUUGGAAGAAACUUGAGAUUUUAUAUUCAUUGCUGGGAAAUAGACACAUCUCUCAUGAAUUACCCCCAAUCAAAUGCCCCUUUUCUGUUAAGCACUUUCUGUACAUUUACAAGGGGAAAAAUCUACAGGACCAGUUAGGGCUUCCCAAUCCCAUUAUUUAAAUAAAAAGACAUUCUUCAGUCAGGCAUUUUAGAAGCUACUGAAUUCUCCCAAAAUUAUGGCAGUAAAGGGAACACUUUGUAUGUUUAAAACCAAUCCUUUUUGAAUGAGAUUUUGAUUGCAAAUAUUUAAGUCUAGGGUUUAUGAGAGUGCUUUGUUCUGCUCUGACUUUUCAGUUCCAAUUGGGUGGAAAGCUGUUCUCGUGCCCCGGGCUACCUCUUGUGGUUGCAUUGCUCAUUCGUGGUUAGGUGAACUGUUUGGAGUAUUAGAAGACCUUUAUGUUUUGUAUGAGGUGGAGGAGGGGAAAGCAGAUGGAGGUUAGGAAGCAUUAGGGUAAACCAGCAAAGAUGUGUCAAUGCAGGAGGCAUUUGGUGGCUGGACUUAUUUGCAGGGAAAUGGUGAUAACAAGAAACGAAAGCCUUUCCCUCCUCUGGCAGUGCACAAGGUCAUUCUAUAUGCCAACUCCAAAGCUGAGGCAUCUAAAUGAUGCUACUGGGGCCAGAGGCAUUUAUCCUGUUCCCAACACUCACUUGUUAUCUUGGGUAAGAUCAAGGAGGGGUUGUGUCAUAAAAUAACCAGGUUUAGCAGGCAUCCAGGUAAGUGGUAGGUAACGGCAUAUGCCUUCCACCAGAUAUUCUGGCCAAAAGUGUAAGAUGUUAAUCACACUGGCAUUUCUCAGGCUCUGUAGGGUGGUUUUUUGAAACCCGAACUCCCAGAUGAUUUGGACACUCUGUGACUUCUCAGGGACAGAUGAGCAGUCAAGGAGAGGCAGACUCAGUCCCAGGAGAAGCAGCUGAUUGGUUUGGCCACAGACUAGUCCAUUGGUUAGCUGGCCAAAUGGACAACCUGAGUCUGCUAUUCAGAGCUUGGAAAUAGGUUGAGCCUGAAAACAGGUAGACCGCCAUGCUCAGGCAACCUAAAAGACAGAGAGGAUGAGAAAAAGGAGGAUGAGGUUAGAAGAGACAGCACAGAGUGGGUUGCCCCACUGGAGAAAAGCCAUUAAGCCCAUUGAAGAAGUCUCUCCAGGAAAGCUGAUUGUAUUCUAACAGAUUUAAACAAAUACUAUCAGUCUGGCCAAGGCUCCAAGUCACACAGAAGCAAAAUCUGUGAUUUCUGUGAGAACUUUCUUCAAUUAGCCAUCCGUCUGCCACGCUUAGUUUAGACCAUGGGUUCUCAGGUUAUCAAGGGAGUCUUCCAGGGACCCGGAGUCUCUAUGAAGGCGACCUCUGCUAGUGCCCCCUUCCCAUGCAUCAGAGAUCAACAGCUUAUGUCUGGAAAGAUCCAGAAAGGAGAGACUUAGGGCAGUAAGCAUUUGUUCUCUCUGUUGCUCCUGUUGAGUCCCACCUUAUGGCAUGAAAGAAGCCACUGGCAAUACCCAAACAAUGAGACUUUCCAAUUCAUUUCUCCAUCAGCUUCCCUGGAAAGUUGAUUUAUGAAAAAAAAAAAGAGGAAAUUUGAACUCAUUGAAUUCAAUUCAUGUCAUAAAGCUUUUACUCUCUUUAUUUCUCAUUUCCCACACAAAACUUAGCCUGCAAGACAUUGAGAAAACUAGCCACCAGGUAAAUCCAUGUGAGUACCCACAAUACACAGGAAGUAGCCCUCCAUUUCCCAGGAGAAAAACUAUACCAGCGUGCCUAGUGGACGGUGCCUUGAAUUGAACAGCUGAAAAACACUAGGCUCUUCCUGAAAACUCUCUGAGAAGUUCACGGAAUAUUGGAGAAAAAAUAAAUAAAUAAAUAAAUAAAUAAAUAAAUAAAUAAAUAUGCGAACCAACAGAAAUCCCACUUGUUAUUUUUGAACUGAUCAAAUCAGACAAAUAUCCCCAAGGGUCGGAUGCCUUGGACCCAGGGAACUGGCUAAUCACUGAGCACUGACUAUCUCCUCUGCUGAAGCAGGAGCUAACUCCCCAGGCUCAGCACCUUCCCAGCAGGGCUCAGUCCAUAAUGAUUUCCAAGCAGAAGUGUUCAUUAUCUGGGACUGAUUUUCAUUUCAGCCCUGUUCAUGUCUUCGCUCUAAAAAUGAUCCUAAAGACCUGUGGCUGUUUGAAUCAAUAGCAACACAAUCAGCAGAAAGCCCUACCCGGCACACUGCAAAAUGAACCGUCUUCUUGCCUCCGUGACUCGAUAUUAGCAGCAAAGAAAGGAGUGCUUUUUCUUAAUCAUCUCCCCCAUUUAAAUUAAUCAGAUUGGCUUUGCAAAAUAAAUAAAUAAAUAUAAAUAAAAAUGGGAGGGAACAAAUCUAAUUCUUUAGAAGAAUUUGCCAGUGAAUUGUAGAAGAUGUUCACAUAACAUGUAGCCUCUGGGGUUUCCCAGACUCUCCUGCAAUGUGCUCAGGCAGUUGUGAUGGCGCAGGCGUCUCCAUCUGGGCCAGACAUUUAUCGAGGCUGACAAGCCAAAGCCCUUGGCACGGUUUAAUUUUCAUGUAACCGCUUUCCGUUGUCCAGCUGCAGGGAGAGGAAAUGAGCAAUGCCAGCUUAGAAGUCAACUCCAGCACCCUCGUUUGACUGUCUUUAUUUGUUCUGCGUUAGCUUCCUUCCAACACUGGUGGAAAGGGAGAGUUGGUUUUAGAGGAGCUAGGGCGUAGGACCAAGCUUGACUUUGUCCCAUGGUAACAAAGGACACAGAAAGGACCUCCACAAGCUUCUCAGAGAACAGUCAGAUGGCUGCUGUGUCAGUCUGUUAGCCGAUGGGAGUCUCUGUGGUUGUGUUCAGCCAAUUCAGCAAGUCCUCUCUGAGCACCCGUGAGGGCUAGACUCAAAGUUGGGGCAUGGGGAAGAGAGAUUAAAUGAAACAGAGAUUUGCUUGUGAGGAUCCCCGGUCUUGUAUGCCAGAGGCGUCCACAAGCAAUUAGGAUGGUCAGGGGUAGAAUAUAAUUGCUUUGCAGUCACCUGCUUGAAGUUAGAUGGCAGGAAAGAUCCUAGGGGUGCUGAAGGGCCUCUAUGAAAAGACAGAGAAGAUCUUUAGGGAAGUGAGCACUGUGCUCUGCAAUGCUCCUUCAUUAUCAGGGUUUAGAUCGCUUAUAGAAGAAAGCCUUUCCCUCCAUGCCCAAAUAAUAUGACUGAUGGCUGAGAUUUGGUAAAACUAAGACAGAGGACGUCCUUACGUAGGAGCCGCAGCCAGGCAGAGCGGACAGGUUAUG